AGCAAUUUUCAAAAAAAAGCAGCACGAACUUUUUUCAGGGUGUUCAUAGAUCACUAGGACCUACAUGAUGCUCAUACUCUCGACUCAAAAGCGAUGUGACACUUGGGAAUGUUCCCUCGUUAGCUAGCUCCUCUGUUUUGAAAGAUAGAAGUUUAAAAAUUUCAUUAUAGAUAUUAAUCGUUGGGUGUAGGCAUUUUUUUGUGGCGGACGUUUUCCCUCUAGUGUGCUGCUUUUUUUUGAAAAUUGCUACAGAAAAAAGCAAUUUUUGGAUGUUCUCUUAGGCUCAGAUGUCUCUAUGGAGGCGGAAUGGGUUUUGAAUUUUUGUUAGUGCCUUGGAAUGGCCAAACCGUUCUAUGUCCAACAAUCAAAUUCGUGGGUCUCUAGUUUGUUCCUAAAUUGAAAGGAAAAAGCAUCUUUCGGAUCUAUUUUCCAAUUUUUAUCAGCUGUGUAUCCUUCCCUCAGGUAAAAACAGCUGAUUUCAUAAGACUGUCAUAUAGUAAGCCUUCACCAGGGUACCUAGGUCACCUCUUCUUGAACUUUUUAUCAUUGACCAAUACGAUUAGACCGAAUUAGUUGAUCUUGAGUUUUUGUAUGGUAUUUAUAACAGCUAUAACAUCUAUUUUUCUGAUAAAAAUGCAGGAAUCGACUAACUUGGUCAAGUCACUCUGUUGAAAACUCCCUAUGUGACAGUCUUACGGAAUCAGGUAUUUUCACCUGAGGGAAUGGUGCACAAUUGAGAAAAGUUGGAAAAUAGAUCUUAAAGAUAUCCUUGUCAUUCGAUUUAGAAACAAGCUACACAGCCAUGGAUUUCAUCGUUGGACACAGAACAGUUUGACAAUUCUAAUGCACUCAUAAAACUUGAAAAUCCAUUUCGCCUCCAUAAAUAUAUUUGAGUUCAAAACAAUGUUCAAAAAUUGCAUUUUUCUAUAGCAAUUUUCAGAAAAGCAGCACACUAGGAAAGAAAAAUGUCUCCUACGGAAAAAUAUCACAUCAACAAGUAACAUCUAUAAAGAAAUUUUCAGACUCCUACUGUUUGAAAUAGAGAAGCUAGCUAAGGUCUAAUUUGGCUAGGAGAUACUACCUUGCUCCCUUAUUCAGACCUCUCUGUAAGGUUUUCCAAUGUUUUGAGUCUACAGCUAUGCUUACAAGCCUGUGUACUAUAAGCGUUGAACAUUUCAUUGCAUUUGCAUUGAGUCGAUGCAAAUAUGAUACGCUUUUGAAAGAAUCACUAAAUGUCAUCUAGCGUUUUCGCUUACAGCGAUACAGCUGACUUUCUUAUUUUUUUACAAUCGUUGGAGGCUCUAUUUCAAAAAUAAAGCUUGCAUUCAUCGAGUUUUUAUUUUCUCAACUUAUAUUUGUCAGCCUAUCCAGAAUUUAUCACACUCAUACUCAAAGCAGUUAUACCGUCGAAAUCAGAACAGAAAGCUGAGCUGACUUAUGUUGUGCUAUCGUACUGAUGAUAUACAAUGCUGACCAAAAUUAUAGAACCACCUUAUACUGACAUUUUCAUCUUAAUUUUUUUUCCUGAUAUAUUAUAUUUUCUUCCUGGAUAUAUUGUAUGAUAUGAAGUCAGAUAUGCUCUUUCAGAAUAUGAUGAGAAAUGUUUAUUAUUUCGUAAAGCUAUCAAAACAAAAAACUUUCAAGAAAAAACAAAUCAAUUUUGCUGACCAAAAUUAUAGGACCACUACAAGUAUUUUUAUUUUUUAUACCGAGCUUAAAACAAUUCAUCAAUCGGAUAUUAUAUAAACAAAGCUUGAUCUCUUAUGAUACUAUUUUACUUGUUUUAAGUCUUUGUCGGAUACGUCUUGUCAGAUAUUUUGUUGAUAAACUACCUUAUUUAUGUAAUUGGUGAUCAUGGUUCGUGUCAAAGUAUCUUUAGAAAAGAAAAUUGAUAUUAAAAUUUUAUUGCAAGUUGGAUUCAGUCAACGUCAUGUUGCCCAAACAUGUGGUGUCUCAAAAACGUGUGCAUUUCGUGUAGCCCAAAAAUUAAAACAAAAAUUACCAUUAUCAAAUUUACUGGAUCAAGUGCAGAAAAAAGCAUCAGGAACAACUAACAACUAAUGAUCGAAAUUUAUUACGUUUAUGAAAAAAAGAUCGAACAAAAUCUAGUCAAGAAUUAUCAUCUGAACUAGUGCUUUCAAAUGGUAAACGAUUAAGUGCCCGAACAAUUCGUCGUCUUAUCCUGAAUAUGGGGUACAAAAAGUUAUACAGAAAAAAAAAACGCCAUAUCGAAAACCUGCACAACGAAAACAACGACUUUCUUUUGCUCAACAACAUCAAUAUUGGUUGAAUGAGUGGAACAACAUCAUCUGGAGUGAUGAAGCACAUUUUGAAGUAUUCAAUCGUAAAAAUCGUACAUAUGCUCGACGUUUAACAACUGAAAGCUGUAUAUCAGGAGCUGCUCGUGGUCCAUUGGUGAUGUAUUCUGGUAAUGUGAAUGGAUCGGCAUAUAUCAAGAUAAUUGAAGAAGCGUUACCAAUGUUUAUUGAAAAUACAUUCGAUCCAUCAAACAAAAAUUGGGCAUUUAUGCCGGAUAAUGCACCACCCCAUAUAUCAAAAUAUGUAAUGAAAUGGUGCAAAGACAAUCAAAUAGAUGUGCUCAAAUGGCCAGCUACAUCUCCUGAUCUUAACCGCAUAGAAAACCUAUGGGAUCAUAUUGAUAAAGAAUUACGAAAAAUGAAGCCCAAGAAUGUUAUCGAACUACAAGACAUGAUUCAAGAUAUUUGA